CUUGUGCUCUUGAAUGCAUUUCUCUUAAUCCUCGUUUGUUCUCUCCCCUUUGUAGGAACGAAGUUUUUGGAGGACUGCCCCAUACAGCCCCUCAUUUCUCUCUAUUUGCUAGUGGGUGGGAUCAUUGGAGCCUUAAAGGUUUCCCCGGUGUCUCUCCUGCUGUCCGACUGCAGCAGGAUGAGGCGGCUUCUGUCCAAGGCCAUGGUGAUCGACGGAGACGAGGACGACUAUCCCUGGAGGCAGAAAGCGCACGCAUAGUGUAUCCGCCUCAGCCUCAGCCUCUUCCUCUGGUUCGUUCUGGGAAACUACUGGGUCUUUUCCAUUUACCUGCCUGAUUUUGUUCCCCCUUUCCAGCAGCCUCAGGGUUACUGUGGCAAACCCCUGUACCUCUUUGCAGGAGGGGUCCUCGUGCUCAGCCACACGGUGCGCCUCCUGGUCCUGGGCAGGGGUUGUGCCUACGUGUGGCCUAGGGGGAGAUGUGUGGUCGAUGAAGACUGA